AUGAAAACAUCUAAUCUUAGUCGCGAAGGGAAUUCCAAAACAUCGAACAACCAGCCUGACGAUUCAUGCUUAUAUACGUUAGUAUAUAAGGCUGUGAAUAAAUAUUUGACAGAAGAUAGCAUUAAACCUCAAAAACUAAGCAUUAUUUCUGGUCAAUCAGCAGAAACCAACUAUAUUGCAAUAACAGUAGAAGAAAUAUCUAAGGAAAAGUCGCUAAAACUAGCAAGAACACAGUACUUUGAGGCGGCGUAUGAUGAAGCUGAGCACAGAAAAAAUGUCCAUAAAGCUUGUCAACAAGCGAGAAAAUUCUUCUACGAGCAUAUUCUCAAUCGUAAUCCAUUUCCACCGAGAAAGAAGUUUAAUAUGAAUGUUGCUAUAAAUCGUGAAAGAUUGUUGCAACGGUCGGAACUUAGUGAAUCAAUAACGGCGAGCUCAAUGGCUUCAUCGGGACUUCGUCGAAUUGAUUCAACCACUUCUCUCACAUGCCUUCAUACGGCUCCGAGCUCUUCUGCUAUUUCAAUCGGGCCAAAAAUGUCGGAGAUUAAGAGGAAUUCCUCACUCCACGAAAUUUUCAGCAAAAGCAAGAAAAAACCUCGCGUGCCGAAUUCGAUUUUGACUCAUGCAAAACCAAUGGCGGAUAAGUCUCGAAAAAUCGCGAGUCCGCCGGUAUCGAGACCUUCAAGCUCGAUCUCAUCGGUGACAACAUCAGAAGAACGAAGACUAAUGAACGCAAUGUCAAAUCCGGAAUGA